CACAAGUAAACAAGAGAAAUAAAAAAAAAGCUCGAAACUAGUAACAAAAGUGUUUUUUUUUCGUAGAAUAGUCGUGUUAAGAAUAAUGUUUUUCAUAUGAAUUAGCUGUAAAUCAUAGCUGCCAGGGAUGUCGAACUACUAUUGACCUUACUCGGUGUUUGUGUGGAAAAACUUUAAAUGCAAAUGGCAAUCUCUGGAUCAUGCAAUUUCUGUCCCGGCUUAUGUACCGGGCCCUUUCGACACGUGUUAUCCGUGACGGAAGAACACGAGGAAUUAAUAAAUUAUGCUCUCCAUAAAUUGAACCCUUCAACAUCACUAGGACAACCCAGUUACACUACCUGUGACAAAUGUCGUCGAACACUCAUUCGACAACUUUUGAUUCCCGAGAGUUGCUUUCAAAUUCGACCAAGGGCCGAAAUGGUUGAGGUCAAGGUAGAACCAGAUUCGGCUAAUGAAAGUUCCGAUGAUGAGCGUUCAGAUAAUGAAACAUCAGUAGACAGUGAGGAAACAUAUUUUCCUCUGGAACCGGAAACAGAAAUGCGUAUCAAAGGCGAGAAUGGAGAGGUUUUUGUCAUCAGCGGAAUGGGCGAAGAAAAAGUUGAAAUGGGAGAUUUGAAUAAAGUUUUCGGAGAUUUUAUGGAACCAACUAAAAAAUUAAAAAGCAUUCGACGAAAAAAAACUGAAAAUGACCUUGAUGGAUUAUCUUUGAAGAAAGAUCGUUCGUUCCCCAUUCGACAUCGAUGUCCUUACUGUGAUAAGGGGUUUGCUGACAAGUGUCUGAUGACGACUCAUAUUCGGUGGCACACAGGAGAAAAGCCAUACAAAUGCAAAUAUUGCGGUAAAGGAUUCUGUGAAAAUUCCAAACUAACACUACACCUACGAACCCACACAGGCGAGCGUCCCUUCGCAUGUCCACACUGCCCAAAGACUUUCACCCAGUCGGUGACGCUGAAAAUACACAUCCGGGUACACACCCGCGAGACCCCGUACGUGUGCGAGUACUGUGACCGAGGGUUCACUCAAUCCUACAACUUGACGGUACACCUGCGAACUCAGCACAAUCAGAUUACGGUGUACCGUGGGCGCGAAGUAGGUGUCACCCCAGAGCAUAGGUGUCAUAUAUGUGGUAAGGUCUAUCGGUCGGCGAAAAGCUUCCGACUGCAUGAGAAGCUGCACUUCACUGGGAAACUGUUCGAUUGUCAUCACUGCGGCAAAAAGUAUACCUACGUGCACAAAUGUAAGAAGUCCGGAGGAGACGAGAAGAAUAGGGUUUAUUCGUGUAAGUUGUGUGGCCAAGAGUUCAAACACCAACAAAGCGUAGUGUAUCAUAUGAGCAGUAAGCACAAACGGUUCGAAAGCGGGUUGGGAGACUUGAUGCAGAAUGAUUUUCCAGUAACGAACGGAGAUGAAGCGAUUUGCGGGAGCUGAAAAAAGCAGAUGAAUAUUGUUUCGUUUCAGUAUUGUGAAACUGAGAUUUAUUCCAAAGUCCUAUGUUUCAAUGAAUAUAAAAUAUGGCCUAAAAGUGUAACCGCGUUUUAUUUUUCGUUUUACGGGAAACUUUAUACGUCAACGAACUAAUGUUCAAGAUGUUUAACGCUAGUCGAUCUUCCCAUCAAGGAACCAUAC